GUCGUAAUCGAGAUAAGUUCGCUUCGUCUUGCAUGCAUUUCGGUCGCCGUGGUAAAGCCCAUCGGUACAAGCUUGGACGCUAUAGAACUCAUAGUCAGACAAAUCCUUUGCGCAGAAAUAUCCAGCGUCGUAAGACCGCUCACCCUCAGUCAAGACUUUGGUGGCUUUUUGCUCCGAAAUGCCCUUGAUUUGUUCUAAUAAACGCCUUGGCCUGUAUCACACCCAAUGAAGCGCCCGUAAGCAAGCUGCAGAGAUAGGUCGAUGCUAUACCAAGCUGGCAGGAAGUACAUGGAACAUACGUAUAUGCGAUCGACUCGACAGUGUUGUAGCCCGCAUCAACAAACAGUUUAAUAUCCCUACCUGUCAAACCCGCAAGUCCC